ACCUUAAAAUCAAAAUCAGCUAGUUUGCCAUUUUUUCUGUUGAUGACGUUCGGAAGCUUUGAAGAGCUCUGCAAACAUACAUCCUUGCCCUUGUGCUCUGUUAUAAGCACAUCCAACUCUACCAGUGAGUUUACGCGGGGCGUUUUACCCCAAUGUUACAGCAGAUCGGUCGAAUUGGCAAACACCAUGAUUUUCCUGGUUGGUAAUGCUUUCAUUCAUUUUGCCACUUUAGGAGUGUUAUUGAUCAUCUUGUUCAAUGUCAGAGCAAAGUACACUGCCAUCGGAAGAACAGAGAUGUUGUUUUUUUUCUACUUGUUUAUUGGUUUAACUGUAAGUUCAUUGGUGGUCGAUUGCGGUGUUACACCUCCUAGCAGCAGCAGUUAUGCAUAUUUUGUGGCGGUUCAAAUGGGCUUGGCCGGCUCUUGUUGUAUAUCGCUAUUGUACAACGGGCUUUUGUGCUUCCAGUUUUGGGAAGACGGGUCUCGAAGAUCCAUGUGGAUAUUGAGGUUGGUGUCUAUUGGGUGGUUUAUUGUCAACUUCUUCAUUGCCAUUUUUACUUUCAAGAACUGGGGAACAGGCUUGAGUACCACAAACACAACCGGCUUAUUUGUCGUGGGAUACGUGUUGAACGCGUUCAUUUUGUUUGUAUAUGUGGUGAGUCAAGUAGCAUUGGUGUUAUUUGCCUUGGAUUCAUAUUGGCCCUUGGGUGCCAUAUGCUUGGGGGUGUUCUUCUUCGUGGCCGGACAGGUGUUGAUGUACGUGUUUAGCGAAAAGAUUUGUGAAGGGGCCACUCACUACAUAGAUGGAGUCUUCUUUGCUACCGUGUGUAAUACUUUCACGGUAAUGAUGAUUUACAAGUUUUGGGACAUGAUCACGACCGAUGACUUGGAAUUUUCGGUGGCUACGGUAGAGAACGGGGUGCGUUCUUUUGGUCUCGAAGAUGAAAAGAGAAACAGCACCUUUUUCUCCUAGUUUAAUAGAGAAAGAGUGACCCACAGAGAGAAAGAUAACACCUCUCCAUGCGAAAUGCCUGUACGGGUUAGCAUUUACCCAUAAAAAUAUAUACAAGGAAAAUAUAUAACCUAAACCUGACAUCCAUAAAGCAGCCAUUCUGUCUUGGAACUCGGUUCUAUUUUUGGUCAGGCCAACGUCAUGGCUGCGCUUCGCAUAAAUAAACACAUCACCG